AUGGCGCGAGACGUGUGGGGCUCCCUGCUGCAGGGCGCCCGCGCCCGCCAUGCGUUUGUGUCAAAGAGCAUUGUUGUGCUAGGCGAACCUGGGAGCGGCAAGUCGACAUUGGUCCGCCAGUUGGCUGGCACCGCAGAGGCACGAACGACGGUGCCGAAAGAGUCGUCAGGCCCCCUUAACUUUGGGUACCUGGACCUCCAGGACGACGCGACGUCCAUUGAGCCGUGGCGCACAGGCGUGUACACUGUCCACUCGGCGGACAUGGCAGUGGCAGCCACACUGCCUUACGCUUUCCCACCCGUGCACACUGCGCCGGAUGCCUCAGUGCAACCGUCGCUCCGUCGCUUGCGUGAUACCGUGUUUGUGAUUACGCUCGAUUGGCGCGAGCCGUGGGCGUUUGCUGCCCAAAUCACGGCGUGGCUGGGUCUCCUUGAGCGUCUCAUUGCGAGCGCCCAUGCCAGUGGCUCCGACGUGGACGCCGACGCAGAUGCAGACACUCUACGCCGUGCUAUGCGUGCGCAACUCUCUGCCUGGACGUAUCCACCGUCCGAUACACAGCCAUCACCACCGACCACCGCGCUGGCUGACAACCUCGGCGUGCCGUUGGUGUUUGUGGGUACGCACACAGAUCACAUCGAUACGCUCCUUGCGGAGCACGUCCUCACUGAGGCACAGCUCGAUACGGUCCAGCAAUUCUUACGCACCGUCGCUUUGCGGUACGGCGCAGCCUUGUUUUCUACGACGAUGCAUCGUGCCUCUACCUACGAUGCACCCGUGCCCAGCACAGCCCGACCUGCCCCACUGGAGGCUGAGAUCGUCACAGCAGAUGUACGCAAGCUGUGCAUCCCGCCAGGCUGGGAUACGUGGGCCAAGAUCGAAGCGCUGGCUUCCUCGUUUUCGUGUGCAGCGUGGGACGAGACAUGGGCAAACGAUCAUGCGGGCCGGCUGCAUCCCACCGCGGAGAGCACCUCGGUGGUGGCGCAGCGGAUGGCCGAGUGUGUCCCUCCGCCGCCAUCGAUCAAGGCUCAGGCGCCUACCCACGUCGAGGUAUCGUCCACCGCCGAGUUUCUUGCGUCGCUACGGGCGCGGCAGCCCCCUGCAACGGAGGCCAUACCCACGCCGCCUACUUCGGCAGGGCCGGCACGUCAUGCCCUCGGUCCAUCGAUGCAGGUAUCGACGCUGGACUUGCCGGCUGUCGAGAGCGCAUUGCAAGAGCAAGUGCGAGAUGUCCCUGUGGCACCAACGACGCCGAUCGCAUCGGCGCAUCACAAAUCUCAUACGCCCAGCAGCUUGCGCACAGAGUCCCUGGCCUCGCCUAGUGUCGCGACACCCAAGCAGACCGAAGUCCUGCACAGCUUCUUCCAGAGCUUACUCAAAAAGCCAUCAUCCACCUCCAGCCCAGGCUCCACGCCAGGCACGCCCAGUGCUCGCAUUGGCCGUGUACGUCGUCGGAAAGACGAGAUGGGGGGGUAG